CAAAGGGGGUGAGAGACCAGGCGGCAGAGACACAGAGAGAGGAAGGAGAGAGAGAGGGGGGGAGGGGAAUCGUGUGGGAGGGAGGGGUUUUGGCGAGAUUUGAGUUUUCGCACCCUCCCGCCAUGGUGUCCGACCAGGAGAUCGCCAGCUGCGUCGAGUCGCUCCUCCGCUCGUCGGGGGGAGCUGCCGGGGAGCCUCGCUCGCCGCCGUGCUGCCAGGCGGAGGCCAAGCUCGGGGUCGAGCUCGCCCACAAGGCGACCUUCAUUCGCGAGCAGAUGGACCUCUUCUUCGGCCCACACCUCCAGCCGCCGCACCCCAAGGCUCAGGCCGCUGCUGCUCCUCCCCCGGCCGGCGGCGCUCCCGCUCCCGCGCCUGCCAUGAUGCAGUUGCAGGUGCAGGCCCCUCUCCAGGUGCAGGCGCCGUUGCAGCAGAUGCAACAGCAGCAGCUCGCGGUGCUCCAGCCCCAGCUCAUCUUCCAGGCCAUGCCCCAGCUCCCUGCCGGCGUCCCCGGCGGCCCAACUGCCGCGGUCUCCCCGCCACCUCCCGUACCGGCCAUGGCGUUCUACCCGCCGCCCCCUCUGGCCUUCCGCGUCACCAGCGGCUUGGGUGGGGUCGCCUCUGGUGGGACCGUCUCCUUCCAGCAGCCACCCCCUGGAACCGGUGGCACCGCUUCCCCCACCGCUGCAGUACAGCCCGGGGGCGACAACAAGGAAAGUGCUUCUAAGCGGAAACGAGGUGGACCUGGUGGUUUAAAUAAAGUUUGUGCAAUUUCACCUGAACUUCAGACUAUUGUUGGUGAAACCGUCAUGUCAAGAACUCAGAUUGUCAAGCAGCUUUGGCAAUACAUCAGGCAGAAUAAUCUUCAAGAUCCUGAUGACAAAAGGAAGAUAAUCUGCAAUGAUGAACUUCGUGUGGUUUUUGGAACUGACACAACUGACAUGUUUAAGAUGAAUAAAUUGUUGGCGAAACACAUAACUCCGCUUGACCCAAAGGAUCAAAUUCGUGAUGUAAAGAAAUUUAAGCCCUCCAAUGUAGCUACUCAGCCUAUGCCUCCUAUUAAUCAACCGUCUGUGGUGAUUUCUGAUGCGCUAGCCAAGUUCAUUGGAACAGAAGGCGCAGUACCUCAAGAUGAUGCCUUGAGAUAUCUUUGGGAUUACAUAAAAGCAAACCAACUUGAGGAUGUCAUUACUGGAUCAAUAUUAUGUGAUUCAAAACUUCAAGAGCUGUUUGGCUGUGAGAGCAUUCCUAGUUCAGGAUUAUCAGAGUUGCUUGCUCACCACUUUAUAAAGGAAACAUAGCAUAUCCUCAUUAACUGAUCUAGGAUUGCGGUGGUGGCAAGAUAGGCCUAACUUUACAAUAUGGUGUUCUUGACAAAAAUGGACAGCUAGCAUAUGUAUCUUUUCUAUGCUCUGGAUUAUGAAGUUUGUCAGACCAAACCAGAUUAUUUGUGGUAGCCUGUAAUUUAAUUCUACGUAGUGGCUACUGCCGCCGUACUUGGUGUAACCUCUACAGAAUUUGUAGCAUUAGUUUCCGAAUGUCAAAAUGUCUUUGGCUGACUAUGUAAAGUUAAGCUUUUUAUUUGAGUGCCAGGUUGAACUUUUAAAAAGCUGUAAGGAUUCGUUCACGACGUCUCUUGGUUAUUGAAUGUGUGCUCCCUAUUUUUGUGUA